UCAAAAUGUAAAUAAACAAUUUGGAGCAAUAAUUUUUGUACAAUUUUUCUUUUCUACUGUUGAAUUAUGUUUUAUUAUUUUCAAUUUGUCAAGAAUGGAUUUAAAUAAUUGUGACAGUUGGUUGAUGAUAUCUGCAUUAUCGAGUUAUACUUUUCAAAUUUUUAUUUAUUGCUAUUAUGGUGAUAAAAUGACGAAAAAGAGUUUAGAUAUUGGACUAGCAGUUUAUUCAAUAAAUUGGGAUGAAUUAACAAUAAAUACAAAAAAAAUUCUUGUAAUUAUAAUGAUGCAAACUGCACGGCCAAUAAGAUUGACUGCAGCAUCCAUCAUUGUUAUGUCAUUAGAAACAUUUGUAAAAAUAAUGAAGUCAGCAUAUUCAGCAUUUAAUUUAUUGAAAAACAGUUAAAAAAAAGGCGUUUAUUUAAAAUUAAAUUAAAAAUUUAUUUUUAAUUUAGAUGACAAACAUUUGUUCAGUUUAUAUUUUUAAAUAAAAAAAUAUCUAAAUUUAAUUUAAAAA